CGCCAACAACUUUCCCUUUUUCCUUCGUCACUUGUCGACAGAUUUCUCGCUGUCAAUCACAGAAAUCGACAACCAUGGCCGACGCUCCCGUUACCCUGCGGACGCGCAAGUUCAUCCGCAACCCUCUGCUUGCCCGGAGACAGAUGGUCGUUGACGUCCUCCACCCCAACCGUGCCAACGUCUCCAAGGAUGAGCUCCGCGACAAGCUCUCCGGUCUCUACAAGGCCAACAAGGACGAGGUCUCCGUCUUCGGCUUCCGCACGCAAUACGGUGGUGGCAAGAGCACCGGCUUCGCCCUGGUCUACGACUCCACUGAGGCCCUGAAGAAGUUCGAGCCUCACCACCGUCUCGUCCGCAUCGGUGCCGCUACCAAGAUCGAGAAGGCCUCCAGACAGCAGCGCAAGCAACGAAAGAACCGUUCCAAGAAGUUCCGCGGUACCGCCAAGACCAAGGGCCCCAAGAAGAGCAAGGACUAAAUGUAAUCGCCAACGGACGCUUUCUGGUGAUAGUGCUGCUGGUGAUUAUGGGCGGGGGUUUACUGUGAUUAUAGGGAUUAGGGAAUUUGGAAAAUGGAAAUGGACAACCUUUUUUCUCGUUUCUUCGCGCAUUACGGUUUGCACUUGCACACACAAAAAAGGGAAAUUUUUUUUAAAAGGAAAUGGAAUGCGGCUUUUCCCGGGGGGAACUGUUGAUGACCCUGCUGCUUUGAAACCCUGUGGUUUUUUUUUUUUUUAAUUCGAGGUGGUAUUUUGUGUUUGCAAGAUGACUUACUUGUUCCA